GACAGUCACUCUGCACUUUGUUCCCUCGAAUACAACCCCUCCCUCUCGUCGAAGCUCCACAUUCAGAUGUUUACCGUUAACGAACAUCCACCGACCAUAUGGAAAUACACGUGCAGCGUGACCUGAACCCUAGGCCUUAAUCCCCCACUUAGCCGAACUCUAUCCACACUUCCCAUAUCCUUACACCCAUCUUCCCUUCCCAUCCAUCCCGUCCACCACUCUACCCAUCCUCGAUCCUCAUCAUUUUGCUCCAUCGCAGCAUCAUGCCUGGUAGCUCAGAAAGCCGGUAUAUCAGAGUUGAAGUCAUCGGCGGAAAGAAUCUUCAUGUCCCCUCUUGGCGCAUUCCCGCUGGCAUUUACGUGUCCAUCAAUGUCGACUCAAGGAGACGCUGGAAAUCGGCCAUCAGUGUCCUAUCAUCUGAUAAAUCUGUGGCGUGGGGGGAUACCGUAACUCUACCAUCAAAUGCCUCGCCUGCAUUGUCAAUAGAGAUCAGGGCAUCCUAUGAGCUUGGUCGAAUGCUAGGCGGUGGAGAGGUCAUUGGGGGACUUCAAAUGUCGUGGGAUGAGGUACUCGAUCAUGGAGAUCACCCAUUUGAUCUGUCUUUCCCAGCCGUGCGCGAUGUCCAACCUUCCAUCACACUGAAGGUUGCUGUUGUACAUGCUUGCGACGAUCAAAAGGGGGCACUGUUUGAUUCCCUCGUAGACUGCGAGAUUGCUCGAGACGCAGAUGCGGGCCACGCACAAUUUGCCUCAUACAGGGAAUGCGAGAAUCUGAAUGUCUCUCACUUGAACGAUGCUAUGGAGCAUUUUCAGUCGGUUUUAAACCAGUGUCCGGUCGGCCAUCCUGACCGCGCAACGGCUCUCACCAACCUUGCAUGGGUUCGCCUUAAAGGCUACAUCCGAAAUCAUAUUCAAGACAUUGAUACUACCACUUCCAUGUUCCGCGACGCCCUUGCAUUGCGUCCGCGGCACCAUCCCGAUCAUCCCUUAUCACUAUAUAAUCUCACAGAAGCACUCGGUUGGCGCCACUCCAAGAAAAAUACUGCUGCAGACAUAUGCGAAGCCGCCCAACUCUAUUAUGAGCUACUGCCUCUCUGUCCAGAGGGCACGUACUUUCGUAGCAUCGCGGCAGGGGAAAAUGGUAUUGAUUAUGUGAUCGGCGGAUGCAACGGUCUUCCAACAGACGCAUCCCAUGAAGGCAUCCAACUUCGAAGAGUCGUCCUCGAGCUCUGUCCUAUGAGCCAUCGACUUCGUCCCAGAACCCUCGACGAGCUUGCACAAGCAGUUAAAGCACGGUUUGAUCAGCACGGCAGCAUCGAUGAUCUUGACGCGAGCAUACAGCUUCGUCGUGAAACCGUGUCACUGACCCCCGAGGGACAUGCUGACCGUGAUACCUACCUCAACAAUUUGGCUCGCUCACUCAUGUCCCGCUUUAAACACCAAGGCAAUCCUAAUGACCUCGAUGAGGCCAUCUCUUUGUACGAAGAAGCACUGCACCUGUGCCCUGUUGGGCACGAUUCUCGUGAUUGUUCAUUGGACAACCUAGGGGGCGCCCUUGUCUACCGUUUCAACAAACGCGGCGAUAUCGAAGACUUGACCCGAGCUAUCAGCCUCUAUCGCGAGGCCCUGACGUUGUCCCCACCUGGUCAUCCAAGUCGUGACACCACGCUUAACAGCCUUGCCCACGCACUCCAAAACAGAUAUGACGAAUCGCAAGUCAGCGAGGAUCUCAACGAGGCCAUUGCUCAGAAGAAUGAAGAUGUUGAGGAGGCCAUUGCUCUUUGCCAAGAAUCAUUGGCGGCUCUGUCUUCACUGCACCCGGACAGGCACUUCAGCUACAAGCGGCUGCAGGAGGCCUAUUUGUCUCGUUACCGGAUUCUACACGAUGCUGCUGAUUUGUCACUUGCAAUAGAGAACUUCAGACUCGCAUCAAGACAUUCUACUCAAGGGUUCCCACAACGCAUCAUUGGCGCAUUCAAUUGGACCGUUGCAACUGAGCGGCAUGGUCAUGGAUCCGCGCUGGAAGCCUACUCGACAUUUUUCGAGCUUCUGGAUGCUCAUUUAGCCACACGGUCUUCGGCAACUUCACGGCGCGAAGCUGCCGCUGCCUUCCAUUACGCUAGAACGCUCCCAGCAGAUGCAGCAUCAUGUGCCAUCCGCUGUGACAAUCUACCACAUGCAGUUGAGCUUGUGGAGCAGGGCCGUGGCCAGCAAUGGUCGCUGGCCUCCCGACUCAGGACUCCAGUUGAAGCCCUUGAGUCAACGAAUCCGAAACUGGCGCAUAAUUAUUUGGAGCUGAGCAAGCUCGUUUCGAGUGCGGCCCAGAGUUCUGCGACAAUCACCGACAGAGCUGCUGCUGAUCGGGCAGCAAUGGAGUACAGGAAACUUACAAGGCAAUGGGAAGCUGCGGUUGCUCAAAUACGUGAUCUUCCGGCAUUUUCGCGGUUCCUGCUCCCACCUCUGUAUGCAGACCUGCAAGCGGCAGCGCGCCAGGGCCCGGUCAUCAUCCUCAUUGCGAGCCAAUACUCAUGCAGCGCCAUCAUCGUCCCGACGUCAGGAGACCCCCAUCAUGUUCCCUUGCCAUCUGUCACUCUCGCAGAUCUGACCAAUCUCAAGAACCGCUUCGCCAGGGCAAUACGACACGCAUCUACCAUUGGCCCCAAAGUGCCGCGAAAUGAUCUAAUAGUCCUUUUGCGGACUGUAUGGGAUGAGAUCAUGCUACCCAUCAUCAACGUCCUCCGGCAUAACCUGAAACUAAAAUACUGUCGAAUCUGGCUGUGUCCAACUGCAGCCUUCACAUCUAUUCCUCUCCACGCAGCUCACCCGUUUCGAACCGACCCAGAUGGCUCUAGGGAGAAAUGCCUGGAGGAUCUCUACAUCUGCUCUUACACGCCCACACUUUCGGCUCUGGUCAGAUCCAGACAGAUGAUGAAGAAGCGCGUCACUCCAUCCUUCGUGACAAUCGGACAAGGUCAACCGGGUGCAGGAAAAAGCAAGGCGCUCUUGGCCGUCGACAGCGAGCUCGAGCUUGUCCAUAAGCUCGUCCCUGCGACGGCCAAACGCACUAGUAUUUCUGGCGACGCAGCCACACGAGCAGGUGCGCUCGAAGCUUUGGAGCAGAACACCUGGGUGCACCUAGCUUGUCAUGGCAAGCAGGACCCAAAGCAGCCUUACAAUUCGCAUUUCGUCAUGAGAGACGAAGAUCUGACGCUGCUCGAUAUCAUGGAAAGAGAUAUUCCACACGCCGAGUUCGCGUUCUUAUCAGCGUGUCAUACCGCUGUCGGGGAUGAGGAGACUCCCGACGAAGUAAUUCACCUCGCAGCUGGUCUUCAGUUUUCGGGGUUCAAGAGCGUCAUUGGGACGCUGUGGCAGGUCGACGACUCUGUCGCCAAACACGUCGUCAAAGCCUUUUAUGAGAAUAUGUUCAAAGAUUUGAAGGAUGGAGGUGUGAUGGACUGUACGAAGGCGGCCUGGGCACUGAACCGUGCCACGCACGCCGUGAAGACGAAAGUUCCGCUGGAGCAGAGGAUGGUUUUCGUCCAUAUCGGUGUGUAGUUCUACUACGUCGUAUUGCUGUCGUGUGGUACAUAUUCACAAGUUGUUGAUUUGCGAUCCUCAUCAAACUCGACGAGGAGACGAUGGUGGUGUUCACCCGACCAAC